AUGUGGCCGUUCUCGUCCUCGUCCUGCGACCAAGAUGCCUGCGUUCCUCCCAGUCCGCACGCCGUGACGACCGCCGCUCUGCUGUCAGCGCUGCCCUUUGCCGCCGUCUUUAUGGCCGCCAAUGCCGUCGCAGUGCGCCUCAUCUUCCCCAAGCUGAGCCGCGCGGCGCAAGACGAUGCCCGCGAUGGCGACGACCACGUUCUACCGGCCCAUGCCCCGGCGGCGUUGCGGCAGGUACACGCUGAGCAUGGCAGCAAGAGCUGGAGACGGCGAGGUGCGGCGUGGGCUUUUGGCACGACGGUCGGGCUGGCGGCGACGCUGGGCGCGCUCAUCAUGGCUGAGAUUGUCGAGGCGGUCGAUCCGGCGGCGCGGAACCUGGCGCUGAGGGUUACGGUACCGGCGCUGCUGUUUAUGCUGGUAGUGCUUAUUCCGUGGCUCGAGUGCCGUAGCGUCGUAUCCAGCGCCGGCUGGAGCUUCCAGAGGACGGCCAAGGGCAAGCUUCCGCGCGUGGCCCUGGGACUACAGGCAGCGCUGUUUGGCGGCUGGCUAUUUCUCUUUUGGUCCAUGGGCAGCGUCGUGCCGCGGGCCGAGAUAUUGCUGCGCUGGAACACGAGAGGCAUCAUGGGUGAAGAUCUGACGAGGGCGUGUUUGGAACGUAUCGGUGUGGUGGGCAUCUCACUCAUGGCGCUGCUCUCGGGCUUUGGAUCCGUGUCGGCGCCCUGGCACACGUUUUCUCGCUCCGAGACCAGGCGGAGGCCAUUGACUGAGGCCGACGUCAACCGCAAGCAAACAGGGCUGGACGCAACGAGCGAGAUGCUGGCAACGAAACGACACCGUCUGCAGUAUCUGGAGCGCAAGAUUGGACAGGAGGCAGCUAAGAAGGGCAAGACUGGCGGUGGACUGGUCGGGAUGGUCAUGGGAUCGAUCCGCGGGGCGUCGGGUGAGGAGGCCGAGAUUCAGACACUCAAGAUGGAGAUUGCCGGGCUCGAGGCCAUGGAGGCCAAUCUCUCGUCCAACUUGGUGCUGAUGAAGAGCCAGCGCGCCGCCUCGGCCCGGGCUUCGACAGCUCUCGGCCGCAUCCUGCUCGUGCCAUCGUACAUCUUCAGUGCCUACUGCGUGUACCGUAUCCUAGCGACAUCAUUGACGACUCUCCGGAGAGCAUCUUCUCCAUCGGCAAGUUUUGCAAGCAGUGACCCCAUCAAUCGCUUCCUGGGACUCCUGGCCAGGCACUGGGACCCGAAGCUCGACCAGAUGGCUUGGGCACGCAUCAUCAGCUUUGCGCUCAGCGGCGUCAUCCUCGUGGCCAGCGCAAACAGCGCCAUCCAGACGUUCCACCUGUUUGCCAAAUGGACUCCCGGAUUGCUACGGCACGCGCAGGCGAAUCUCGCUCUGGCGGUCGGACAGGUGGCAGCGACAUAUGUCAUCUCGGCGAGCCUGCUUCUCCGCAGCCAGCUCCCCAGCGAGGCGAGAUCUGCCGUCGGGGGCGUCCUGAGGGGAGCGUUGACGCCGGCGUUUGUGGACGGCUGGUUUGAGGGCUGGUUUCUCCUGGGUAGCGUGGUGACGGGCGUGGGGAUAUUCGUUGGCGGCAAGAUUGGGAGUGUGGGGGAGGCUGAUUGGGAUGAUUAUGGGAUGGAGGAGAUGGGGGCCAAGAGGUCGUGA